AUGUCGGCGGUCAACCGGAUCCGCGGCGCCUUCGCGGUGCCGCGGAAAGGAGAGACCUUUGAGCUCCGCGCGGGGCUGGUUUCCCAGUAUGCGUACGAGCGGAAGGAGGCUAUCCAGAAGACCAUCAUGGCCAUGACGCUGGGGAAGGACGUGUCGGCUCUCUUCCCAGACGUCCUGAAGAACAUUGCCACAGGCGACCUCGACCAGAAGAAGCUGGUCUAUCUUUAUCUGAUGAAUUACGCCAAGUCCCAUCCCGAUCUGUGUAUCCUGGCCGUCAACACCUUCGUACAAGACUCGGAGGACCCCAACCCUCUCAUCAGGGCAUUGGCAAUCCGGACGAUGGGCUGCAUUCGCGUUGACAAGAUGGUCGAUUAUAUGGAAGAGCCUCUGCGGAAAACGUUGCGAGACGAGUCACCCUACGUGCGAAAGACGGCAGCCAUCUGCGUCGCCAAACUCUUCGACUUGAACCCCACGAUGUGCAUAGAGAAUGGAUUCCUCGAGACCCUGCAAGAGCUGAUCGGCGACCCCAACCCGAUGGUGGUGGCCAACUCCGUCCAGGCUCUUUCCGAGAUCACAGAAACGGCUCCCGAGACCUCUGCGUUGGUCGUCACCGCCGCGACGCUGAAGAAGCUCCUCAUGGCGCUCAACGAGUGCACCGAGUGGGGGAGAGUCACCAUCCUCACGACGCUCGCCAACUACCAGCCGGUCGAUGUGAAGGAGUCGGAGCACAUCUGCGAAAGGGUCGCGCCGCAGUUCCAACACGUCAACCCCAGCGUGGUGCUUGCGGCGGUCAAGGUGGUCUUUAUCCACAUGAGGAUCAUCGGGCAGGACCACGUGAGGUCAUAUCUUAAGAAGAUGGCGCCUCCAUUGGUCACCCUGGUUUCAUCUGCCCCCGAGGUCCAGUAUGUUGCGCUGAGGAACAUCGACCUCCUUCUUCAAGCAAAGCCCGACAUUCUUAGCAAGGAGCUUCGCGUUUUCUUCUGCAAGUACAACGACCCGCCGUACGUCAAGCUUCAGAAGCUCGAGAUCAUGGUCCGGAUAGCAAACGAGAAGAACUUUGAACAGCUGUUGGCCGAGCUGAAGGAAUAUGCACUCGAGGUCGACAUGGACUUUGUGCGGAGGGCGAUCAAGGCCAUCGGCCAGGUCGCAAUCAAGAUUGAGAAUGCGAGCGAGAAGUGUGUCAACGCCCUGCUCGAUCUCAUCUCUACGAAAGUCAACUACGUAGUACAGGAGGUUAUCGUGGUCAUCAAGGACAUACUGCGGAAGUACCCAGGCUAUGAGGGUGUUAUCCCGACGCUUUGCAAAUACAUCGACGAGCUGGACGAGCCGGAAGCGCGCGGCUCAUUGAUCUGGAUCGUGGGCGAGUAUGCCGAGAAGAUUACAAACGCCGACGAGAUCCUGUCAACGUUUGUGGACGGGUUCAUGGAGGAGUUUACUCAGACGCAACUGCAGAUCCUGACCGCGGUCGUCAAGCUGUUCCUCAAGAAGCCCAGCAACACGCAAGGCCUGGUGCAGAAGGUGCUUCAGGAGGCUACGGCGGAUAACGAUAACCCGGACAUCAGAGACCGAGCUUACGUCUAUUGGCGUCUGCUGUCCGGCGAUCUCGACAUCGCCAAGAACAUCGUCCUCUCCCAAAAGCCCGCCAUCACCACAACCAUGACCUCGCUGCCGCCGGCCCUGCUCGAGCAGCUGCUGACGGAGCUCUCGACCCUGGCCUCGGUCUACCACAAGCCGCCCGAGUCCUUCGUCGGCAAGGGCCGCUUCGGCGCCGACGAGAUCCAGCGCGCCGCCAUCCAGGAGCAGCGCCAGAACGCCGCCGACAACCCCAUCGCCGCCUCGGUCGCCAAGGAGGGCGCCGGCGGCCAGCAGGGCGGCGCCGGCGGCGCCGGCGGCGGCAACAUCGAGAACCUGCUCGACAUCGACUUUGACGGCGCGGCGCCGGCGAGCGCCGAGCAGAACCCCACGGGCACGCCGGACCGCGUGGCGUCGCCGGCGGGCGGCGGCAUGGCGGACAUGAUGGGCUUGUUCGAUGCGCCGCCGCCGCCGCCUGCGCAGCAGCCGCAGACGAUGGGGGGCAGCGGCCAGAACGGCACCGCGGCGACGAUGAUGGGCGGCAGCGGGAUGAACGACAUCAUGAGCGGGUUCGCGGGCAUGGACCUCUCGGGCACGAGCGCUCCGCCGCCGCCUGGGGUGCAGCUCCAGCAGCAGCAGCAGCAGCAGCAGCAGCAGCAGCAGCAGCAGCAGAACAAGCCUAGCAGUGGCGGGGAUGACUUGUUGGGUCUGUUCUAA